CAGACGUAUACACCACCCCAGCCCAAGCCCCGAACAUUACUCGCAGUUGUGCACGACUCAGAGUCGUCGGAGGUCGAUGGCCGGCGGCGGAGGAGACGAGAAGGUGACGCUGCUGGGCCACUGGGGGAGCGCGUACGUGACGCGGGUGCGGCUGGCGCUGCACCUCAAGGGCGUGAGCUACUCUUACGUGGAGGAGGACCUGCGCAGCAAGAGCGACCUCCUCCUCCGCUGCAACCCCGUCCACCGCGCCGUGCCCGUGCUCAUCCACGACGGCCGCCCCGUCUGCGAGUCGCAGGUCAUCCUCCAGUACAUCGACGAGGCCUUCGGGCCCCCAGCCCUGCUCCCCGCCGACCCCCACGAGCGCGCCGUCGCCCGGUUCUGGGCGGCCUACGCCGACGACGUGCUGGGGGCGCCGUGGGAGAAGGCGUACAGGGCCGGCACCGAGGAGGAGCGGGCCGGGUGGAUGAGGCGGGUGGUGGCGGCCACGGACGCGCUGGAGCGGGGGCUGAGCGACUGCACCGAUGGGGCCAGGAAGGGCUGCUUCUUCGGCGGCGAACGGGUCGGGUACGUUGACGUCGUGCUGGGCGGCGUGGUGCCGCUGGUGCACGCCACCGUGGAGAUCUCCGGGGACAGGCUUUUCGGCGACGCCGGCAGGACCCCGCUGCUGGCCGCCUGGCUGCAGCGCUUCGGCGAGCUCGACGCCGCCAAGGCUCUCCUGCCGGACGUCGACCGGGUCGUGGAGUACGUCAGGAUGAUACACGCGAAGAACGUCGUCAAGGCUCCUGCGAAUUGACAACGCCAUUAUACAAGCCGGCAUGGAGACGAGGCGAUGCAGUUAUAGCUAGCUGGCCAGGCGGGUCGCGCGCUGUGGGUGAUUGGGCUUGGUGCUUAGUAUAAUUUUUUUAUGUGUGGUCUGUCACAUUUUUAAUGAUCUGAUUUCAUUUUGUGAUUUGUAAUGAACUUGCAAAACAAGUUGUCGGUGCUAUUACGCAAAAAAGAAAUUGUAGAUGUGCAUAUCUACGUUGCAAUGA